GUGACUUUCUAUUAUUUGUGAAGUUCCAGAUUUCUCCACCGCGUCUACGAGUGGAAAAAAGUAAGGUUGACGCAUAGUUUUGACGUUUUUGGGACGUUUUGCAAAGGGUAGCAAAAAUCCCGCAAAAUGCCGGUCAGGGUGGAUAUAACGCCUCCCCCGCCGGCAAAUUCGAAGCAGCCCGGUGUCACCAAAUCCCUGCUUUACAACGGUUCCAAGUUUCAAGGGUUCCAAAAGUCGAAAGGCAACAGUUACGAAGUCGAAGUGAUUUUGCAGCAUGUAGAUGAAGAAAACUCUUACUUAUGUGGAUACUUACAAAUAAAUGGCUUAACUGAUGAAUACCCUAAACUAACCACAUUUUUUGAUGGAGAAAUAAUCAGUCAAAAAUAUCCUUUUCUUACCAGAAAGUGGGAUGCUGAUGAAGAUGUUGAUAGAAAACAUUGGAGUAAAUUUUCAUCAUUUAGCCAAUAUGCCAAAAGCUUCAAUUCAGACUCGUUCGACUACAAAGCCUUAGCAGACACGGAUUAUGUAUUUAUGAGGUGGAAAGAACAUUUUCUAGUACCUGAUCAUACCAUAAAAGAUAUAAAUGGUGCUUCCUUUGCUGGGUUUUACUAUAUCUGUUUCCAAAAAUCAAAGGCAUCUAUUGAGGGCUACUAUUAUCACAGGAGCUCAGAAUGGUACCAGUCUCUUAAUCUAACCCAUGUGCCUGAAAACAGUAUACAAAUUUACGAGUUUAGGUAAAUUUGUGUCACGCGAAACUUUUACAGAGUAUUAUCUUCACAUCCAUUUUAUUUUUUGUACGAUUGGCGUUUCAUUUUAUCAAUUAUUAGUUAGUUAAAAAACACCGUACUUUUGCUUAGAAUCACGCCAUUUUUACGAUUUUGUUCUAUGGUUGCAAUUUGCAAGAUGGUUGCAGUUAACGAUGAAUUUAUUUCGAACAUGUGUGUUUUUUAUUUAAUUUAUUUAUUAUCGGAUGUAUAGAUGGGACAAGCAUGCCAGAAUAAUUUUAACUGCAAUGUUCUUGUACAAAGAGGCGUAGACGUUAGUCCAAAUAGUUUCAAACAAAAAACAUAUUUAAAGCAUAUUUGCAUGAAAUGUAAAAAGAUCAUCUCUGUGUGCUAAAGCAGUUGAUCUCUGUGAUGCUACAGUAUUUUAUAUUGGUAUAGAGUACUCGAAGAUGUACACAGUUUCAUCUAUCUAACUGGUGAUUCAUUUGGUACUUUUUGUAAUAUUUUUCAAAAACCAAAUGACACAUGUUUCACAGAUUGUGUAAUGGUCAGGGUUGGCCAACUUCAAAAGGUACUCCUAAACGAACCACCCAUUAGUUUGAUUUUGGGUCUUUUAAUCUAUAGGUAGAUAUAAUGCUUAGACAGUGGAACUGUGAUUUUGUAUAAAGUUUUGAUGUAUUAUUAUAAAAUCUUCUACGCUUUUGCAUGCCUAGGCUCUCUACGAUGAUUCAAAUGAAAUAUUUGCACCACAGUUUUUUAACCAAUUCACUUUGAACAUGAGGUAACAUUGAUGACAAAACUGGAUUUCUACAUGAUUUGGUGAUCUUUGUGUUUUUCUGCUAAGAUAUAACCGUUUUAAUGUAGUUUGAUUUUGAAAUUUACCCGUACCUAUUGAAAAACCAAUUUGAAAACGUACUGCUUUUGUUGCCUUUCAAUGUUACUUUCGUGCUGCGUGAAUUCUUUUGGAAUCAACGGGUGUGUUCAGUUUUAAACCUUAAAAAGCGAUAUUUUCCAGGACGGAUCAUUGAAAGCUUGCAAAUAUCUUCUGGUACUCACCUGUUGUAUCAGGUGUGACAUGAGAAGUUCGCAAAAUAAUCUUAAUAACAGUUUUUUUUUAUCUCAAUUCAAGGAUUUAAUACUUUUGUCGGGUUGUUUGCAUCCCGUUUUUUGUUAGAUAAUAGAGAGUUUUUCAAUCAUAAAUAAGGCAUACGUAAACCAGAAACAUUUACCUCAUAUAAAUCACUAUGUGCGUCUAACGCGAUUUUUUACAGAUGACGCUGGACACCUCCGUUUUAUGCAGCUGCCUUUACUCGCAGUUUUACAAAAACCGCCGCAAAAGUGCAAAAAGUCGCUUGAAGCGUAUUGCGGUGCAAUUGGGCUAGACCACCGACGAUAUACAGGGUGUCUGCGAAAGGUUGGGAAAUCUCGAAACUGGAGAUACUACAGUCCAAAAUAUGUGAAUUGACCUAAACAUACCUUAGUCAAAGUCAAAGUUAAAACUUUAUUUUCUAGUUUUCCUUAUUGCUUGAGAAGUAUUUCAGAUUUUGGAAUAAAACUUGGUAUAGGGAGAAACAAGAAUCCGUUAUUUUUAUGUCCAAACUUCUAGAGGGCACCACUUACAGCACUAUUUCGGCAAAUAACUUUUUUGUGCUACCCUGUAUACAACAACUGACCGAAAAAUGUUAUUUUCUCGUAGUUCCACAACAAAUGUUGUCUUGUCAGAAGUGCCUAAAGUUAAUAGUUUUCGAGAUAUUUGUUUUUAAAGCAUUACAUCUUGCCAAUCCGUACAUCCGCAUAUCAGAAUAUUCAUCAAACGUAUACUCCAUAAUGUUUAACAACUUAUUGUUAACUUGAAAUUCCAUGCAUUGGAACUUUUAAAAACAAAUAUCUCGAAAACUAUUAUCUUCAGACACUUCUAACAAGUAAACCUUUUUUGUUGUGGAAAUACGAGAAAAUAAGAUUUUUCGGUCAGUUGUAUAGUGGGUAGCACAAAACAGUUAUAAGUUAUUUACCGAAAUAGUGCUGUAAGUGGCGCCCUCUAGAAGUUUGGCCAUAAAAAAAACGGUUCUUGUUUCUCAUACUAGAAAACCUCCCUAUACCGAGUUUUAUGCCAAAAUCUGAAAUACUUCUCAAGCAAUAAGGAAAAAUAGAAAAUAAAAUUGUAACUUUGACACCCUGUAUCUCGCAAACUAUCAACUUCUGGACUAAGGUAUGCUUAGUGCAAUUUACAUAUUUUGGCCUGUAGUAUCUCCAGUUUCGAGAUAUCCUAACCAUACAAUACAGGUUUUCUGAGAGCAUCUAUUCCCGAAAAACUCAUUUAUUAAAACUUGUACAAUGGGCAUACUAGUUGCUCUUCAACCUCCUUUACAACCAUCGUCUGAACUCCUUUUUUCAUUUUUGUUUAUAAGAUGUGAAUAUUUUUCUGUUUUACCCCUAAACUUGAAACCUCAUCACCUGACAUUUUAAUUUAUCAUUUAAUUAAUAAACACAGACGAGCUUUGGUUUCCUUAUUGCUUGUCCGGUGAUAAGGUAAUGACUGUGAUCUUGUACGUACAAAAACCAAUACAGGGAAUGCGGAGUAUGGGAUUUGCGUACACAAUUAUAGGCAACCCAAAUCUACGUCCCUCGUGUGCCUGACUGCGCAAGUGUACGCAUAUGUAUGGUUUGUAUGGUGUAUAGAACUACAUAGACUUUCGACAUUCAUAGGUUUUAACCUUAUUUUUGAUUAUAAUUCAUUUUUGGUAAAAAACUUGAAAUAUCUUUAUUAUUAAAAAAAACAUGGAUAGUGAGGGCCUUUUUCGGCAUUUCGGUAAAAACCCUGAAAAAUCGGUAGGUUUGGCAACACUGAGCCAGGUGUAAUAAAAACGACCCGACGUUGCCAAACUUCAGACGAAGUCUUGGACAUAGGUGCUCUGCUCUUACGAUAUUCGCUCGAUACCGUUUCAGGUUCAUGGUAGCUGCUGGAGCAUCGUACUUUCUAGACGGGGAUGCAUUCUGGCUGAUGCAGUGUUUAUAUUUAAAAUAUAUUAUAGUAUAUGUAUAUCAACGAUCUAAGACAACAAACGUUUGUUUGGUUUUCCACCUGUGAACGGUGGCAACGGCAUAAAAUACCAUAACAACAUCCCAAUGUCACAUAAGGCUGUCAAAAGUGAACCUUUACGUUUGCGGUAUUGGUGUUUGCCAAAACUCUCUAAUAUUUGACAGAUUCAUGUUUCAUCACAAGUUAAACUUCUGUUUGCUAUAACAAAAACACUGGUAGUGUAAGCGAUGUCUGAAUUAGUUCCCAUCCCACUUCUGACAACCGUUUUCACUGUCUGGCUGGGAUAAAUAUUGAAAUUGUGACAUCUUUGAUGGCUGAAUGAAUUUUAAAUGGAAGGAACUGAAUGCACCCAGCGUAAUUUAACUGUUACCUAUAUGUGUAGUCAUAUAUUUUAGUACUACAGAACGUUUGCUUCUGAAAAAUAAUCUUAUAUGACUGAAUGACGACUGGAAAACGUUUUAAUGAAAUUAUUUCGUAUUCUAAGGAUUUAAUAAAGUUUUACAAAGGUAGGAGGUGGUUAAAUACUCUUUUUGUUUCCUAUUUUAUUUCAUUUUUUUUUCAUUUGUUAUGUAUAUUAUGUACAGAUGUAAUUAUUAAAUAUAUAUUUUUUUGAAUUUGUUUUUUAUUGUAACUAUAGGUGUC